CCAACCCUGACUGACAGAAUCAGAAAGGGGAGGGAGACACAUUCUUUUCCCUCCAGUUCUUGUUUUCUGUUCUAUCUUAUGUGGCCCAGAGGCUUUGCUGACUUUGGACCUGGUGUCUUCUGACAGCCGGAAAGAAGAAAAUGCAGCAGGAAAAAACAGAGGCUUGUGGAGAUGUUCAAAAGAUGGGAAAUGAGCAAAGCAACUGAGAUUAGAGAUAUCUUCUGACCACCACUGGAGAGUUCUCCAAGAAAGAGAUCCUCAAGCAACCCUCCUAGGCCACGGGAGGCUGGCCAGUCCCCACCAUGCUGUGGACCCUGCUGCUGCCCCCGCUGUUCCUGCUGGCUGUGAGUGGAGUGCAGACCACCCAGCCGUGCUUCCCUGGUUGCCAGUGCGAGGUGGAGACCUUCGGCCUCUUCGACAGCUUCAGCCUGACCCGUGUGGACUGCAGUGGCCUGGGCCCUCACAUCGUGCCUGUGCCCAUCCCUCUGGACACAGCCCAUCUUGAUUUGUCCUCCAACCGCCUGGAGACAGUGAACGAGUCAGUGUUGGCAGGGCCUGGCUACACUACUUUGGCUGGCCUAGAUCUCAGCCAUAACCUACUCUCUAGCAUCUCGCCCACGGCCUUCUCUCGACUUCGCUACCUGGAGUCUCUGGACCUAAGUCACAAUGGCCUGACAGCACUGCCAGCUAAGAGCUUCACCAGCUCCCCCCUGAGUGAUGUGAACCUCAGCCACAACCAGCUCCAAGAGGUCUCUGUGUCUGCCUUUGCGACCCACAGCCAGGCCCGGGCACUGCACGUGGACCUCUCCCACAACCUCAUUCACCACCUGGUCCCACAACCUGUGGGCUCUGGCUUGCCCAUGCCCACCAUUCAGAGUCUGAACCUGGCCUGGAACCGGCUGCGUGCUGUGCCCAAUCUGUGGGACCUGCCCCUGCGCUAUCUGAGCCUGGAUGGGAACCCUCUGGUGGCCAUUGGCCCAGGGGCCUUCACAGGGCUGGCAGGCCUUACUCAUCUGUCUCUGGCCAGCCUGCAGGGUCUCCCCCAACUGGCAUCCCAUGGCUUUGGUGAACUGCCCAGCCUGCAGGUCCUGGACCUGUCAGGCAACCCCAAGCUCAAGUGGGUAGGAACUGAGGUGUUCUCGGGCCUGGGAUCAUUGCAGGAGCUGGACCUGUCGGGCACGGGACUGGUGCCCCUGCCUGAGGCCCUGUUGCAUCACCUCCCAGCAUUGCAGAGUGUCAGUGUGGGCCAGGGCACUCGGUGCUGGCGCCUGGUACGGGAAGGUGCCUACCCUCGGCAGCCUGGUUCCAGCCCCAAGGUGGCCCUGCACUGUGGAGACACCCAGGAAUCUGUUGCCAGGCGCCCAGACAUUUUGUGACGAAUGAUAUAGCCUAGGGCCACAUGACAGACUGCUGCCCUGGGCUUGCUCGGGUCCCAUAUAACUUAUAUUUUAAUGUGCCAAUGCCAGCAAGAGUCUGUGGGCCUAGUGGUGGCACCACCAUGGAGCCACAGGCCUACCAACAGCUUUGUGUCUGGGCCAGCACCCAAGAACAAAGCCAUUCCUUUGUCCCUGUUGCCCCUGCAGACCACAAGCAGAGGGGGAUCGGUACCACGCCAGACUCUGGUCCCUAUCUGCUCCCCUUCCUUACUUGUCCCACAAGUGCCUUGCCUCUUUGGGCUGAGCAGACCCACAGCAGGAAGAGGGUAGGUGGGAGCCACCACUGCAGGGCAGACUCAGGUCCACUGGAUUGAGUGUCCCCUUGGCUCAUAGCCCUGGCUCUUAGGGACAGGAGUCCCUUUUACAACUUAUUCCUUCUUUGCUUUGGAACCCUAGGUAGAACUUUACUUACUGAAGGGAUUAAAGAGAAAAUUGAGUCCACCCUACUUAUGGAACAGCUGGGAAAAACGAGGCCUAGAGAAGGAAUGUAAUCAGAGGUCCCCCUGGGUGGAAGUGUGACCAGUACCCGGCUUCCUACCUCCUGCCCAGGCCCUCUGUACUUCCUGUCUUCUUUAAACCAUCCCUUUCCUGGGCUUCCCCGUGCUGUUUCUGCAGCAGGAGCAAAAUGGAUAAGGGGAGCAUGGGUGCACUACCAGCUGUGUGGCACGCACAAGCAGGUCAUUUCACCUUCCGGAGCCUCUGAGAGCUUAGGGCAUGCCAGUCCUGGGUCUGCCACCUCCUCCUGUGGGGCAAGGUCUCCAAGAAUCAAGACUGAAAAGAUGCCUGUUUCCUUGGAGAUGUGCAGGGAUGCUGUGCUAGAGCCCCUGCAGUCCUCGCCUCCAGCGGCCCACCCUGACUUGGUCCCCACAGGCUGAGCUCACAGAGUCCUCGAGUUCCCUUCACCCUCACAUAGGUAGGGUCUGCCUCACCACUUAUACUCCAUCCCGGGGUGACAUCUCAGUUUCCCAACCCUGGGCUCUUUCCUUUGCCUUCAUUUUAUAAGAAUUGUUGCCUUUUAAAUGAAUUGUCGCUUUCAACCCCCAUCCCCCCUACCUCUGCUGGCAGGGGAUGGAAACAUGUCAUUUAUAAAACAGGAAGAGUUGCAUUUGUUCACUUUUAUGAUACUGUGUUCUGGGCAUGUGUUGGUCUUGGGUGGGAGCCAGCCCUCAGGGGCUCUGUGGGCAUCCGGCUGUCCCACAGGCAGCCCCAGGCAGUGGGAGCUCUUUCUCCACCAGCCCAACCCAGCACCUGGUCCCACUUUGGUUUAAUAAAUGCUCUAAAGACCUCUUUCCAUCAUUCAAGCGACAUUUGCCGACAGUGCCUAGACUGGGCUCUGGGCCCACAAGGAGGGAUUAGGUCAGGACCUGGGGAUAUUGUUUGGCCUGAAAAGCCCUGCAGUCUGCCAGGAUACGAGGGGAAGGUGAUGCGAAGGAGGAGUUCCUCAGGGGCGCUGGGUUUUUGCUGCAGCCAGCACAGUGUACCUUCCUCACUCCUGGUCACCACAGCUCCACCAGCUGGGUGUUUGGCCAUAACCUUGGGCACAUGGCUGCCUUUGCCUGGCCGUUACUGUGGGACCCUGGCCUCUCCCCCAUCUGUGCCCCCUCAACUUCCUGCUUACCAGGAGACCCCAUUCCUGUCCUGCUUUAGGAGCUUUCCCUGAAGGACCCUCUCACCUCCUUCCUGUCAAAUGACACAGUGUGGUACGUUGUUCAUCUUCAGUGUUUCAGCCGUUUUGGCUCCGUAACUCCUGGCUGCACAUUCAGUGAAAGAGCUUUCCUCUUGUUGAUGCUGUCCACAGGAGUCUCAGGAACAUCCGCAGCAUCAAGCUGUUGCCGAUCCCAGUGAGAUGUGGUUAAAAUGUACAGUUCAUGUUUAACUUUUAAAAACUGAUUACAGUAAAGGACACAUUACCAUU